UUUUCUUAAAGAUUUUUGGAAAAAUCCUCUAAAUGCUGCAAAGUUUCCCCUUCUUUUACCACUUGUUCGAAAAUACCAUUCAGCACCAAUGUCUUCUUCAGAGUGCGAACGUGUGUUUUCAGUUGCAAAAUAUAUUUUGGAUGAUCGAAGAAAGAGUAUUACAAUGGAAAAUCUCGAAAAACAGUUAUUUUUACAUGAGAAUUUGCUCAUUUACGGGUUUAAAAUUGAAUAAAUGGCAAAAUAAACCACGUCCCAACAAGAAGCGUUUCCAUCGUCGUUACUAUCGUCAUCCAGUUGCAGACAAAUCCAAGAGCGCCACUAAUACCACCACCAAGGGAGAGGAUGAGAAGAAGGAGGUUGUUGAUGAGGUAAAGAAAGAUGAAGGGGGGCAAGGAACGAAGGAGGAGCCAUCAACUGUUAAUACGACGUCCACUGCUACUUCUCCUCAGAAAUGA